GCCAGCUAUAUAGAUGAAAACUGCUCCGUAGUAAAAGCAAUUUGCAAGCAGAACGAAGGAUGUCAGCAUCCAACUAUCUACUGGUUGGCUACAAGCUAUUGCCAUGGUAUCAAUGGGACCGUAAGGUGCCGGGCCAUUUGAAUUGAAUCUUUCAAACCUUUCCUGGCACCCUGACACUACAUGUACCUGGUACGGCUGCACCAAGAAUACGCUGCGAUGGAAUAAGCCAGAGCCCACACAUCCCUCUACUCCGGCUUGCCACAUGAGUAUCCAUACAUCCAUACUAGCCAGCAGCCGAUACUGUACCACACUGCCCUCCGUCGAAGCCAAACCUUGGAACAUUAGCGUCAGCACCAUGGCAUCCACGUGUAAGUUUUGAAGCACGCCAGCGGGCAGGUUGAAGUGUUGGUGGCAAAGAACGCAUUUCGGUCUGGCCUUGGUCCUUUUGGAAGAAAACCCGAACAAGAAAGAAGAAAAAUCGUCAUCAAUUGAAGCCAAGUGGAGAGAGCAAUCCAAUCAUCGAGAAGGAAGGAAAGUUGCAGCAGAUAGAUCAUCUCCAAGCCCAUCACUACCAAGAGACCGCCCGCCAAUCUCUCUAGCUAGCUCGUUGCACCACAAUUGAUUUUGAGGUUGCAAGAGUGGCUGCCUCCAUCGUUCCAUUUCUUUGUUCUUUCGAAGAACAAUUAGUUUUGCAACGGAUUGCGGCUUGCCAAGCUAGUAGAGAUAGUAUUUCCUUGAAUUCAUUCCACGUAAAAGAAAACCAACAAUGCAGCUUCGGACUCUGACUACACCAACAGUCAUGGCGAUAGUCUCAAUAAUCGGAUUGACGAGUGGAAGAUUCGCCAGGGCAUUUGUCCCUGUGGCACGUCGGUCCUUGUCAACUUCCAAUGCCAGAUCCCCUCCUGCUUUGACUGCUGGUUUGCGUCGUACCAAAAAGAAUGCCGACAGUGAAUCGCUCGGUGCCCUCUUGACCAAGGUCCAAAAGGGCCGUGGCCAUUUGGCUACUUUGGCAGAAGAAACUGAAGCUACGGCAGCCGAACUACCCGAUAUUAUUUUCCCCUUGGCGGGCAGGAGCCAAAAAGACAUUUUGGGGUCUCUCGCCCGGAUGCGUUUUGCACCUUCUCCCACGGGAAGUUUGCAUGUGGGUGGAGCUCGUACGGCCUUGUACAAUUGGUUAAUGGCCAAGAAAGGACAACUGGACUUUGAAGGCUCCGAAUCGGCCUUUAUUCUUCGUGUAGAGGAUACCGAUUUGGCUCGGUCUACCAAAGAAUCCGAAGCAUCCGUUUUGGCUGACUUGCAAUGGCUGGGACUUAGUUGGGAUGAAGGCCCGGACAUGGAAGGUUGCAACUAUGGACCUUAUCGUCAGUCGGAACGAAAUGAGAUCUACGUGGCUGCUGCCAACCGUCUUUUGCAGGAAGGCAAGGCCUACAGAUGUUUCUGCACACCCGAGGAAUUGGAAGAACUCAAGGCACAGCAAGAAGCCGAGGGUAUCCCACCCCGAUAUGACAACCGCUGGAGGGAUGCUGAUCCAGAACUAGUCAACAAAAUGCUCGAUGCGGGAACACCCUUCACAGUCCGCUUCAAGGUUCCAGAUGGAGCCCGUAUUGUCAUUGAGGAUGUCGUUCGCGGCACUGUUGGAUGGGAUGCUUCCGCCACAGUUGGAGAUUUCAUCAUGCUUCGGUCCAACGGUGUCCCCGUAUAUAACUUUUGUGUAGCCAUGGAUGAUGCUCUCAUGGGCGUUACAACCGUCGUCCGUGCAGAAGAGCAUCUCACCAACACGUUGCGACAAGCUCUGAUUUUGGAUGCCCUUGGCGCUCCUCGUCCUCGAUAUGCUCACUGUUCUUUGAUCCUCGGAGAAGACAAGCAAAAGCUAUCCAAGCGUCAUGGAGCGACAUCUUGCGAUCAAUUCCGCUUGGAUGGGUUCUUGCCGGAUGCCAUGAUCAACUACUUGGCCUUGUUGGGGUGGAACGACGGAACAGACAACGAAAUCUUUACACGGGAUGAACUGAUUGAUGCCUUUGAGGUCAAUCGUGUCGUCAAGAGUCCUUCUGUAUUUGAUAUGGAAAAGCUAAAGUGGGUCAAUUCGCAGCACAUGAAAUUGCUUCCCAUUGAUGAGAUCGCAGACCUGGUCAAGGAUCAACUGGAAUGGGAGGGACUGUUGAAGGAAGGAACCUCGAUGGACGACCCCAAUGUCAACAACUUUGCCCUGGCUGCCACUGCACUUGCUAGACAAAUGAUGGAAACAACCAAGGAUGCAGCAACAAACGCACAGCAAGUUUUGGGUUACGGUCUUCCCGCCACCUAUGCUGAGCUCCAAGAUCAGCACGCAAAGAAAAUGAUUGAGAAGGGAAACUUCUACCCUUUGGCAAUGCAUCUAGUAGAGCAGUUCGAGAGUGGUGAUCUGCCUCAGCCUGACACGGAGAACUUGUUGGCCGCUUUUGGGGACGCCAUUGGUCCAGCCAAGGAAAACGUUCUGAACUGCGAGUACACAUCGACCUACCAAAAGUACAUGAAAGCAUUGGCAAAGGAAAAGGAUGUCAAGGGAAAGAACUUGUUCCACCCCGUGCGUUUGGCCUUGACCGGGGAAAUGAGUGGUCAAGAUGUAACGAAGCAGCUCUCUUUGCUUUCCAUGGCUGUCGCUGAAGAUAGUGUCAUUGACAACGAAAAAGCUGGUGUUGUUAGCUUUGCAGAGAGAAUGGAGCGGCUCAAGGCAUUCUGCGAAAGCAUUCCCGAAGAAUUCCAUGUUGCUGUCAACGACAAGGAGAAGUCGAAGAGCGCAAAGAAGGAAGCCGAGGCACAGAAAGCUAAACAGGAGACAGCUGCAGCACCAGCUGGGGCGGCAGCUGAUCCUAAGGACUCUUACGAAGGUCCACCGAUUACGGCUCUAGACAUUCGUGUUGGUGAAAUCAAGAGAGUCUGGGCGCAUGAGGAGGCUGACAAACUCUACUGUGAAGAGAUCGAUGUGGGCGAAGACGAACCCCGUCAAAUCGCUUCAGGUCUCAGACCGUACAUGAAUGCUGAAGACUUGGAAGGCAAGAAAGUGCUUGUCCUUUGCAAUCUCAAGGCACGCAAACUAGUGGGUUUUCCUAGUCACGGCAUGGUCUUGUGCGCUUCCAGCGAAGACCACACCGAUGUCAGACUGGUGAAUCCUCCCGUCGAUGCCAAGAUCGGAGAACGCGUUACCGUUCCUGACUUUGAUUUCGAAGGCGAGGACGGAGCGCCGUACGCAGAAAACAAGGUGGGCAAGAAGAAAAUCGUUGAGAAACUGGCUCCUUUCAUGGUGACCUCCAAGUAUGGUGUGCCCGAGUUCCUUGGUCGCCCAUUCCUGACCAGCGGGGGAGUUUGUACAAGUGCUAUCCCCGAUGGAACUGUUGGUUAGGCACUAGGUUCAGGGGGGCUGUCCUUUGCUACUAGCUAGCUGCAACCAGCCGUACGACGUUUGGGUGCGUACUACUCAACGAGCGAGGAUGAUUGCCCUCGGACGACUACGAGGACAACAGGUCUGCUAUUACGUGUACAUUCAUAUAGAUACAGCCGCUGCAAGAUCGCGUGCUUGAUGAGGCGAGCCAUGUGCCGACAAGAACGAGAAUCGCGUCAAAUGAGAGGACAGAGUAGUUUAGCUAGCUACUGUAGUAGGUGGUAGUAGUAUGUGGCUGUGGCCUCAACGUCGUCCUGCAUAUGCGAUCUGCUGGGGGGCUGCGUUGGUGUUGCGUGCUCCGGCCCACGUGGCUCUUGGGCCAGAUCUCCGUGACGCAAGGUGCAACCCUUGCCUUCAGCUGGUACGUACUUUGGAGCUGGGGAUGCUCUGGAUUGUUUUACGCCCGUACUCGACUGUAGUGCGUACCGUAUUAGACUGGUAGUACCACUGCUCCGAAGCGCCCAAUCCUUUGUCGAAAGAAGAAAGCAGAGCUAAUGCGCGUCUUAAUCAAUGAAACAGUCACUCGCUUGCCAAGGAGAGGAUUCCGGAAGACAGCUUUUGGUUUUAGGUAGAUGCGGUAACAUAUGAUUUUGACUUGAAACUUUAUAGCAGCCAAUAUCCUUAACCCUUUGUUUACCGUAACUACCAGUAUAUCGCGAUUCCUGCACUUUCUCAUACUUUGUAUCAGCAAU